AUGUAUUACUCCGACCAGGAAAAAGCAGAGUUUAUAAACUUUCGGUCGAGGCUCUUUAACGAAUUCUUCAAGAAAUACAGCCCCAAAUGGGAUAGAAAGAAUGCAAGAUUGCUAGAUUUCAGUGGGGGUCCAGUAAUAUUAGACUAUGUCAGUGCAGCACCGCAUGUCUCUGAAAUUGUUCAUUCUGCUUACAAAGAAGACGAACGAAAGGAAAUUGAAUUGUGGAAGAAUGAUAAUAAAGACGCCCAUGAUUGGAGCCCCUAUGUCAAGUAUGUUGUGAACGAGAUUGAAGGUUUGAAAGGAGAUGCCGCAUGGCAGGAGAGAGUAGCAUUGCUGCGUUCAAAGCUCAAAGUUGUGAGCUGCAAUGUUUACAAUGAGCACCCAAUAACUCCAACUGAAGACGAAAAUUCAUUUUCUAUCAUAUGCACAACUAAUGCCCUUGAGGCAGCCUGUAAAACCUAUGAAGAUUUUAAAGGCAUAAUGAAGAAGCUUGUAAAAAUGCUGAGGCUAGGUGGAUAUAUUAUAAUAGUAUUCGAUGAAGAAGAAACAUUCUACUGUGUAAUGGAGAGUAAAUGGGCUAAUCUGACACUCUCACUGGCACAAGUGCAAGAGGCUGUGGAAGAAGCUGGUUGUGUGGUGCUUAUGUCUGAACGUGAUCCAAUGCCUAUAGAGUGUUUUGAAAACCCAAUCCUCUUUGAUGGAAAGGCUCAUGUAUUCUUAGUUGCAUACAAGGUGAAAUGA